AUAAGAACCUAAAAACCCUAAGUAAAAUAAAACUCUAGGGUUACAUACAUUACUAACCUGUCCGCGUUCUCUCUCUCUCUCUGUAUCUUGCGAAAUCCGUUCCCCUAUCUGCUUUUCGAGUUGUUGCUAAAGAGUGAUGGACUCACCGCCCAGCAAUCACCACGCGGUCGACGGAGACGCCAACGACGUCGUUAGAUCCUUUUCCCACCGCGACGACGAUGAAGACGGCAAGCCCCAACCCCUCACCGGGGACGGCGCCAGUCCUGGAAAGAUAUUCAUAGGGGGUUUAGCGAGAGAAACGACGAUUGCGCAAUUCAUCAAGCACUUUGGUAAAUACGGUGAGAUAACGGAUUCCGUCAUCAUGAAGGACCGGAAGACCGGCCAGCCGCGUGGUUUCGGCUUCAUAACUUACGCUGAUCCCUCCGUGGUUGAUACAGUGAUUGAGGACACUCACAUUAUCAAUGGCAAGCAGGUGGAGAUUAAGCGGACGAUACCGAGGGGGGCUGCUGGCUCGAACUCAAAGGACUUCCGAACGAAGAAGAUUUUUGUGGGUGGAAUUCCUUCGACUGUUACUGAAGAUGAAUUUAGGGACUUCUUUACACGCUAUGGAGAAGUCAAAGAUCACCAAAUAAUGCGGGACCACUCUACUAAUCGUUCACGUGGAUUUGGCUUUAUCACUUAUGACUCUGAAGAAGCUGUUGAUGAUCUCUUAUCUGUGGGGAACAAAAUUGAGUUUGCUGGAGCUCAGGUGGAAAUCAAGAAGGCAGAACCAAAGAAGCCAAAUCCACCAGCUCCAUCAUCCAAGCGCUAUAAUGACUCCCGGUCUUCAUAUGGUGGCGGAUAUGGAGAUGGUUAUGAUGGGUUUGGUGGUAAUUUUGGUAUGGGUGGCUAUAGGUCAGGUGGUGCCUAUGGUGGUAGGGGAAGUGCAGGUGCUUAUGGUGGCUUUGGAAGUGAAUUUGGUGGGUAUGGAGGAUAUGCCAGUGCCAUGGGGCCAUAUAGAGGUGAUCCUUCACUUGGGUAUGCUGGUCGAUAUGGUGGAGGCUAUGGCAGAGGCUAUGAUCUUGGUGGGUAUGGUGGACCUAGUGACGGUUAUGGGGCAUAUGGUGGUGUUGGUGGUGGUUCCUCUGGUAGUGCCUAUGGAAGCAGCUAUGAUGCCAGCUUAGGCGGUGGAUAUGGGGGGCCUGCUGGAGGCUCAUUUUAUGGGACUAGAGGGGGAUACGCAGGUGCAGGAACUGGUCGAUACCAUCCUUAUGGAAGAUAGAAGCAUGUCAUCGAAGACUUAUAGUCUAGGACUAAUAUUUCUAGCAUCAAAGCAAGUUUGUAGUUUGUUUGGUUAUUCAGUUCUUUAGGCUACAUAUUUUUAUUUUCUAAAAAAUGGAAAACUGUUAAUGAUAUUGUUAAGUCCCAUUAGUUAUUAGCAGCACCCUCUCGCCAGCCUAUAGAUGACCGAACAAUUUUUUAGCUCGGCCAGUUGAAGUAUGACUAUCGGAUUGAUGUAUGAGCUGCAAAUUGUGCAGAUGGUUGUAUUCUUAGUUUUGUUAAUGGCUACCUUUGUCACUACUGCUCUUUGUUUAUUUAAUUCUGAUACACUUCAGACUUUUUAGAUA